AUGACUCUGGUCAACGAAGCAAGAAGAUCAAACGCCGCUGGGACGUUGAGCAAAUACAACGACCCGCUUGUUCGAGCGGUAUGCAGGGAGAUGCGCACACUGGACACGGAUCUAUCCAGGAUCACAUCGGAGUAUGAGAUUGAUGACUCCCAAGUCCCGGACGGUGUAAUGGCUGCCGCAUCAUUUUAUCACGUCGCUCUUCGUCGCAACAAGCGCUGCGUCCUGGCAUACCAGAAUCAUCGAAUCGAGAAGCUUAAAGAGCUCUAUUGGGGUGCUGCGGGAUCAUUGGUUCACUUGCUGGGGGAUUCAGAGGUCAGAACCCGACUGAGUCCGCACGAGGUGGAUUUUCUCCGGACGUACAAUGAGAUUGUGCAGGAAUUCCGAGGAGACUUUGAAGAUAUUCUGGAUGUUGUAGGUGAUGUUGCAAUCCCGCCCAAGGAGCUCAACGUUGUUGUGCGGGUCGUGCGGGAAUGUGGCACCAUCCAGACAGAAUUAGGACCUAUCGAUUUUCAGAAAGGGCAACGAUUCAUGGUGAGAAGAGCGGACAUUGAACAGCUGAUCACCCAGGGGUUCCUAGAGAUUGUCAGGUGA